AGGCUUGGUCAGGAGUACCAGUAAAAUUCAUGUUAGAAUCUUUUUGUCUCUUGGUGGCUAUCAUUUGACACUAUAUAAGAUUUUACAUAAUUGGCUAGCAUGAUUAAUGAAUUAAAACUAUAUCUGUACAAUAUAUAAAUAUGAUUUUGAUAUGGUAAGAGAUUUAUGAAGAAGGAUUGUGAGGGAUAAGUAUCUCUAGCUUUUAGAUCGCGAAAAUCAUACAGAUUUGAUAGUUAUGAAUGCUGUUCCUAACAAUCAUUUGAAGUCCCUUACUAUAUAACCAUAUAAUAUAUGUAUAUAUAUAUAUAUAUAUCCAUCCUAUCAGAGAAGAUUUCUAGAGGCCCACAUAACAAGAAGAGGGAUAGAGAGUAAUAAAUGCCUUGAAACUAACAAGAUAUGUUUCCUUGGAUAGGUUUUACAUGAUCAAAAUCAUGUUGGAGCAAAAUAUAAGAUAAUGUUAAUACUUUUAUACCAAAGUGAAAAAAAAAAAAAAAAAGAAGAAAAAAAGCAGGUAACUGAUUUAGAAUUACCAUUUUUAAGCCCUUACCGAUCCUUCACUGUCCCCAUGAAUAUACUCUCAAAACUUGUAAAAUAAUUUCUUUACACAUGACCUAUCUUUAAGGCUAAUUGAGAAAAGUGACUUUCUAUAUAUUAAAUACUACAUUCCAUGUGCCUUCUUGGAUCACUAAUAAAGAACUUUUGGGGUGUUUCAUUAUAAGGCAUUUUUUUUGGGAGGGUCAAUGCAUUGCUUUAUGUUCAAGUAUGGUGAGCAGCAAGCAAGGUGAUGAAAGUCUUGAAUUAUUCCAUUAUUCAUUCAAACUUACCUAAUUACGAAAAGUUGACCAUACCACUUUGGCAAUGCGCAAGCAAAGACUCCACGAAGUGAAGCUAAUUUUAGGCUAAACUCCACCUUUCCUAUAAGCUGCCCCCCUACCUUUCCAAAUGGGCUGUUUUAUAUAUAUAUAUAUAUAUAUAUCCUAAAUAUGCUUAAUGUUCGGCAAAAACCUUAAGAAAAAAAAAAAAAGGGGCGGCUUCUAAAAAGACCAAAAGCAGUUAAACACCCACAAACACAAAUGAAAACAAAUUGUUGCAUUCAUCAACUCAAGGACAUGAUAGAAAAUUCACCAACUUAAAACUUUUGAGGAAAAAAAGUCAAAAUGUUAGUCUAAAUUGCACGAAAAUGACAACAACGCGUUUCAUAUAAGAAAGGUUUUCGAAUAUAUUAUACUCCUACUGCUCAAAAAGAUCCGCAGUAUCCAUUGUAGACCUUAUUCAUCACCUUCAACAACAUCCUUUUUCCAUUGCCAAAUGACGACGAAGACCGCGAGGCCGGACCGGCGAGGCUUCGUGAUCUCAUGCUUCUUCUUCAUCUGCUUGCUAUGCGGCUUAGCUUCCAUCAACGAAGUCCGGUUCGAUAGUCUUCUCAACUUGGGUCGCUGUGCUCUGCCUAACUUACCUUAUUCUCAAUUCCACAACUCAUCUGGUAUUUCUCUCUCUGAUAAUGACCUUCAUAACUCGUCGGAUAUCCGAAUACUCAUAGGGAUUCUAACCCUCCCGGACCACUACCACAAACGCCAUUUCCUCCGCAUGAUCUACGGAACUCAGUCUCCUAUCGGCGGCAAAGUGGACGUGAAGUUCGUGUUCUGCAACCUCACGAAAGAAGAUCAGAAAGUUCUUGUGGCUUUGGAGAUCAUGAGGUACAACGACAUCAUCAUCCUCGACUGCAAAGAGAACAUGAACCAAGGCAAGACUUACACCUACUUCUCAAGUUUGCCAUAUAUGCUCAAAGACGAAGAUGGUAGCGUACCAUAUCCGCCCUACCAUUACGUUAUGAAAGGUGAUGAUGAUGUGUAUUUCAGGCUUCAAAACUUGGUUGAUUCUCUGAGGCCGUUGCCGAGAGAUGAUUUGUAUUAUGGUUACGUUAUACCUUGUCCGAGUAUGGAUCCCUUUGUUCAUUACAUGUCCGGGAUGGGGUAUUUGAUAUCUUGGGAUAUAGUGGAGUGGAUCGGAGAGUCUGAGAUUCCCAAGAAAGGUUUGAGUGGACCGGAGGACAAAGUGUUUGGUGAAUGGCUGAGAGAAGGGCAUAGAGGUAAGAACAGGUACAAUGCGAAAUGGUCGAUGUAUAAUUAUCCUGAGCCGCAUACUGGUUGUACUCAUGAGCUUUGGCCCGAUACCAUUGCUGUCCAUUUGUUGAAGAAUCAGGAGAAGUGGAUUCGGACCUUGAAGUAUUUCAAUGUUACCGAUAAUCUUAAGCCUUCUAAAUUGUAUCAUAUACCUUAGACUACAUUGCGUUGGCUUAUUUAUUUAUUUAUUUUCUUUUUUUUGGGGGGUUUAUUCUUUUUGUUGGAGAAAGUGGAAAAUAACUUUUAUUUUUAUUUUUUAUAUUAAAGGGGUCCAAAUUGGGUUGGUGUAUUUUGACAGACCCAAUCCCAGAGAAAAUGAAUAUCCUGAUUUUAUGUAUUA